UAGAAGCGGGUAUAUGUUUGUUCUGGGAGGCAGUCGUUUUCGUUAUCCCAGAAUGCUGCAAACUUAGUGAAACUUUCGGAGGAGUAAAUCCUGCACUCAUUGAAUGUGGCAUCGCAUGUAACAUUUCUGUACAUUUUCGAACCUGUUUGUUCACACUGCCGCUAACUGGAGACCGGUUGCCGUGACAUGGGAUCAGCAGUCACUAAACCACGACAACAUGCGACAUCACUCAAUCCUAGCGUUUCCGGAGAGCUACUCUUAAUAUUUCACAAACCGGACAAGCAAUCACAGCUUUUUGAGGAAGCUGCUCAGAAGCUGAACUGCUCAUGCAAGCUGAUUAUAGUGAACUACAGCACAGUACAGGCGCAAAUAUCAGAAUCAGACAGUUCCUGUUGGAUUUCCAAAGUGAACCAAAGUGGGCCAUUCGACUUGAUUAUUAUUGACCGGCGACGAAACAUUUCCGAUCCGCCGGUGCCUCCACAUUCCGUCGCCUCACAGUACUUUUCCGCGCCAGCUGACUUCGUUCGACAGGAGUUGUGUGGUAUACCUGAAGUCCAGUAUGCAACAAUUGCUGGUCUUCUUCCAAAACGAGGUUUUGAAAAGAAGCAUGCGCUAGUUGCAUCGACCCUCGCAGCUGGUUAUAACAAGUGCAUGUUCGAAGUAUUCUCGCUGCAGGAUGCCCUCAUGGAGCUCGUGGCAUUUGCACAUAAUGAACUUCCUCUUCAGCGGCGUUGCUGGCCGGACAGGCUUGCUUCCAUGGCCUCCAAUACCUACCAAGUUGUACCGGAUCUGCGAACAAGUUGCACUACAUUAGGGACUUUGACCUGCGAUGCAACCUUGAAGUCAUUCCAAACACCGUCAGACCCACGACAUUCUCCAAACCUCAACAUCACAUCUUCAGCUAACAAAACCCUCAGGGCAUCUCACGCUUCCUUCCGAAUGGUUACCUCGGAAGCACCAUAUACCUGCGAUGCAACCUUGAAGUCAUUCCAAACACCGUCAGACCCACGACAUUCUCCAAACCUCAACAUCACAUCUUCAGCUAACAAAACCCUCAGGGCAUCUCACGCUUCCUUCCGAAUGGUUACCUCGGAAGCACCAUAUGUAAAUGCCCUCGAGUGCAAGCGUACUGAGGAAGCAAAAGGCGUUUCGGACGAUUCGGCCACAACAGCUAAAGAAAAACCUACGAAGACCUAUGCGUCCUCGCAUCGAAGGAGAGGCAAAUCAAAAUCCUUGGGCGGAUCCUAUACAACGGUGGAUCAGGAUCUUAUUAACAAUCUCCUCAACUCACGAUAUCACGACUCAUUCAUGCGUUUACAUAGUGUCAAUUCGGCAGCGCCGCUUUUUAAGGCUAUUACGAUCUUAAACGCUGCCAAAACCAAGUCUUCUAACUUUGUUGCCCGGGAUUUGCAGAAGGCCAUGGAACUAAUCAUCAAUUCUGACAACUUCAUAACCCAGUUUUUCAAACCAUCGAGCUCACACAAUCGAGAUCCACUGACAAUCGAUUUGAUGGAAGGAAUGAUGGUUAAUACAAACUUGAAUAGAACGAACACUCAGCUGCCAAGAUCAGCUUCCACUGGGAACUACAUUAAAUGUGUCCAAGAGAUUCUUGGUCGACACCCAGAAUUCAUGACAACCAAUGAGAUCGAUGCUUGUCUGGAAGGUGACGAUAGAUGGGACUUUGAUAUUCUUGUCCUGGAAAGGGUUACCAAUAAAAGGCCGCUCACGCACCUAGCAAUGAAAAUAUUCAGUCGCUUCAAGGUGUGUGAAUUGUUGCGAGUUCCUGAAGGGAUCAUGAUCUCUUGGCUAAAUAUGAUUCAAGACAAUUACCAUCAGCAAAAUCCCUACCACAAUGCAACCCACGCUGCUGACGUCCUUCAGUCUACAGCCUAUUUUCUGCGUGUAGACUUAUUGUCUUCGGUAUUUGAUGAGAUGGAAGAAGUCGGGUCGCUACUGGCUGCAGUUGUGCAUGACCUGGAUCACCCAGGAAGAACCAAUCCGUUCCUUGUAAACAGCAAUAACCCACUGGCUAUCCUGUACAAUGACAUGGCUGUCCUUGAAAGUCAUCAUGUUGCACUUGCCUUUGAACUUACUCGUAAAGAUCCCGAUGUCAACAUUUUCCAGAAUAUGACCAGAGAGGAAUACCGAACAAUCCGCGGAUACAUGGUGGAUAUGGUGCUUGCCACAGAGAUGGCUAAACACUUUGAUCACGUUGGGAGAUUUGUCAACAAUCUAACCAAACGAGCAAUGCAAAGGACGCGAUGCCAUGAUCAGUCAUCCGUGGGAAGCAUGAGCUCUGUAGAAUCCGGAUCUGCUGGAAUAGGUCCAAGCUCCUCUGCUUCCCAGCUGACUACAUCAGUCACGCCAGCAGAAGACUCACUAAGCCAACCCUUGGAACGUUUGGCAAACGCUGAGAAUCGGGCAAUUCUCAGACGAAUUAUCAUCAAAUGCUCCGAUGUUAAUAACCAAACUCGUCCGUUGGCAAUAUGUAAAGAAUGGGCAAACAGAAUUGCGGAAGAAUACUUUUCUCAGACGGAAGAAGAGAAACAGUUGGGACUCCCCAUUGUGAUGCCAAAUUUCGACCGGACUACUUGCAAUAUUCCAAAAUCCCAAAUGUCCUUCAUUGAUUUCUUUCUGAAGGAUAUGUUUUCCGCUUUUGAUUCCGUGUUUCCCAUUCCGGAACUCAUGAAGAACCUGGAAUCAAAUUACGAGUAUUGGAUGAAAGCCAGUGCAGAUCAGCCGCAAGUACCAGAUAAAAAGCAGACUUGAUCAUUACCCGUGUGGCUGACCUGUCUGUGUACUAUUGAAAAAUCCUGUCUUUGUGUCCAGACCUAAGACCCUUUACCAGUUUGUGCCUUCGAAUGCAACCACGGAGAAAACAAGAACUCUCAAGGUACUGUAAUUAAACCGAUGGUCUCAGAAAGGAACUUCAUUCUCUCCAGUAGCCAACUGACUGGUGUCUCCAUUGUCAAAAUUUCAAGAGCACAUUUGUCCAUUUGAUCCCCCCACUGUCUUGCACCAUGUGGAGUGUUAUUUUUUAUAUAAACUGCAAAUUUCCUGGCUGUACAUAGUCAAAGAUGCCCAGCGUAUAUUUCCCCUCACGGGGGUGUUGAACAUUUGAUUCCAUUUUGAAUUUUCGGAUGAACAUUCUGCUGCUCCUUGCUCACGAAACCUCGCUGCACAAAACCUCUCAUUCGUCUGUCCACUUCCUCACUGUUAGUUUUCUUGUAUUUUACCAAUGUGCGGUACAGCUGCAGUUAUGUACAGCUUUUUUAGCUCGUUCCAUUUCAUUCCCCCGUUUCCUCGAGAACGCACAUACACAGUGAACCAGAAGUAAAAGAUCAUGAUC